AUGCAAAACUCAUGGAAGUUGAUCAGCAUACCCCCAACCAAUGAUGACUUAGAACCGAUGAAAAUUAAAGCUAAUCGUACACUUCCUGAAUUUGAAACCAUUCUGAAAUGUGGGAGAACACCUGAAGAGAACAACACCAUGUUGAGUAAAGUUGAUUCUAUGGCUUUCAACAGUCCACUUGAUAUAGCUGGACGGAUUAAUCGUAUGUUUGAUAAAGCACAGUUGAGUUUUGCAAAUACAAAUCUUGCGAGUGAUUCCCAGAUGAAUGAAAUAAAUACGGGGGAUGCUAAUAUCGACCAGUUGAAAUCAAAUGUAUUGAGCAUAUUUUACGAUCCUUUAGAUCUAGAAACACCCAAUUGGUAUGAUGCUAGUGAAGUAGUGAAAAUUAAUAAUGGGGAGAAAUCAACGGCUAUUGCGAACCCAAUUAAUCCUCCGUCUGAAGAUAAUCAAACUGCCCUUAGUUCUGCUGAUAUUGCUCUUGAUGAUAUUAGUACAAAAAUGAUCAUAUGGAUGAUACUUGUCUGUUAG